AACGACAAAAAGGGACACAAAAUUCUAAGUAGCCGGGAAAUAUAUAAUGUGAUUGAAGUCUGGAGAAAUUAUGUGGCUGCGCUGCGGAGCACUUGCAAGAACUCGCAUAUUUAUGCCAAAAUGUGCGAUGAAUUGGAAAACUAUCACGUUUUCUUAUCGACGAAUGAGCUUCGAACGAGAAUUCACAAUUUGUCCAGAAAAUAUAGAUCUGAGAAAAACAAAAUGGGGACAUCCGGAGGAUCGCGUUCGACUUGAAUGUAUUAUGAAGUCAUCAAAGGUUUUUUGCAAGGAUAUAAACAAAACAACAUGGUAGAAUUGAUGGACGAGAGUCUCAAUCCAGAUUUGGAACAAACUAGUUCUGCAGCAACACAAGGACCAGAGAGAGAUGAAGCGUCGGCAGUAAUUGACACAAAUGAUAUGGAAGUCGAGUUUUUAGAUAAUUCCGAAAGUUGCAUAGUAUACGAAGAAAUAUCUGAACCGCCAUCCCCACAGUCACCAGUAUUAACACAUUCACUUGGGCUUCUAAACGAUAAGCCAGCAUCACCAUCGAAGCUAUCUCCAUCAGCAAGACCGCCAGUCAGACCUGUAACAUCAUCUGCACCAGAAUCAUCCAAAAAGCGUUCGAAGUUAUCAACAGCUAAACAUGGAAGAAAAAGCGUUCAAGAACGAUUAUUAAACAUGGCAGAGAAGGAAAACGAAAAAUUUGAAAUUUUCAUGCGCGAAUCUCAAGAAACUGAUCAAAAGAUUAUCGAGCCGAUGAAAGAAAAUAUCCAGCUUUUUGAGCGAAUGAUCACUAAAAUGUGAUAUCGAAAUUUUUCAAUCAUAU